AUGACGAUCCAAUCGACGCCGUCCGCGGAAAGCGACGAUAUCGCAGCCGCGCACGGUGACCGCGAGGUCGGCGUGCUGCGUCUACGUGGCGAAUCUACGCGUCCCCGCUCCGGUACGACUGCGGAAGCAUCCUCCUCACGCGAGCGGCGCGUCGUGUGGACCGAUGACACGGUCGACAACGAAGGACUCGGCAAGAAAAAGAGCAAGAACCGCAAGCGGCAGCUGGGUCUCGGUGGCGAUGAACCGGUCGAAACCACGGAUGCCGACGGCGACCCCGUCACGGUCCUUCUCACCGCGGAGUCGACCCGCUACGAUGAGGAUGACGACCCGACAUCGACGCGCUACCGCACGCUGAGCACGGUGCGCUCUUCGCGCACGUCGGACUCCUCGACGCGCUCCAUUUCCACAGAGCUCGGCGGAAUCGGCGGACUGACUUGUACCGACCGGCACGAGUCUCACGGAUACGCUGACGACCACCACGUCGAGCAGCUCGACCACCACGUCUUCGAGCAGCACGACGUCCUCGUCGCCGACAUCGACCUCGUCGUCGUCGACGCGCUCGUCCAGCUCGCCGACACGUCCGGCAACUCGGUCGACACGGACACGGGCGCGGCGAUGUCUACGCUCCCGUCCUCGUCGCCGUCGGCGUCCCCGUCCGCGUCGAACCUCGAGAGCGGCUCGCACACGAACACGGGAGCGAUUGCCGGCGGUGUGGUCGGCGGUGUGGUCGGCGCGAUCCUCCUGGCCGCCUUGCUGGCGAUGCUAUUUAUUUGCCUGCGCAAACGCAGGCGCACAAACACUGCACCGGAAAUGGCGCACCAGACCAACUACCCGGCGACGACCGGCCCGGCGUCGUACGGCGGCGCGACGCAGUACGGCGCGCAGCCGAGCGAGCCGAACUACGACACGCGCGGCUACCCCGCGAGCGUCAACACGGCCGCCUCGCCGUUUGGCGCUGCCGCAGCCAACUACGAGGAGCAGCCGUCGUACGCUCCGACGCAUGCCACCACAUCCGAGAUUGCGCCGCCUGUUGCCGCCGCAGGACUCGCUGGCACCGGCGCGGGCGUCGCCGCAGCACGCCGACCUUCUGUCGCGCAGCGCCGCGGCACGAUCACGCGCACGAACGAGCCGCAGAGCCCGUCGGAGAGGGCCGCUGCCGCGGACGAAGUGGUCGGAAUGCACCCCUCGCCCCCGCAGUCGCCGGCGUAUACGCAGGCGUACGAGCAGCCGGCGGCGCCCGUAUCGCCGCCGCGCGCCGCGGCGUUUGAACGCACGUCGUACGACCAAGGCUCGUACGAUCGUCCCCAUUCGAACGUGUAUGACCAGGACGACCCAUCCGUCUGGCCCUCGUCGUACAUGGACAGCUGGGUCGGCGGCGAGAACCCCUACUCGGCUGCCGGCGUGAGCCACGCGGGCCACGGAACCGAGGAGCCGCCGCCUCCGACUGCCUUCCACAUGCGCCCCGGCCAGACGAUGCCGACGGGCGCAUCGAGCAUGUCGCCUGUGGGCGCCUUUACUCAACCCUUCUCUGCCACGAACGGCUCGACGACUGCCGCGCAGCGGUCCACUCGUGCUGCGCGGGACGCAGCAGCGCGCUCGAUUCGCUAA